GGGUAAAAACAGGUUACAACACCUUUUUUACAGUGAUGGUUUGAGCAACAAGGAAGUGGCUGAAGCAUGAAAAUGAAGCGUGGGUGUGAGUUUCCUCUUGACACUGACGUGUGACAGAGCAGGUUUUUCAAACCUGUUUACAGUCCAGUUUGAAGGCAAGUGAAGAUGACAGCGCACGCAUUAUUCCUCCUCAGUGUUGGACUCCUUUUUAAAGCUUGUUAUUCAGAUGUGAAGUGCAGGAAUGACCAAGGAGAGGAUGUUGACUGGUAUAUUGUGUACAAGCUGCCCAAUGUGAAAGAUGGUGGGUUGUCGUACUUGUACAUGGAUGAGAGCACCGGUGGGUGGACACUCAGCAGGGAGAAAAUCAACAGUACAACUGGCUGUCUAGCAAACACACUGAAACCUCUUCUUGACUUCUAUGUCAAAAAGACUGAGGGGCUUGGAUACAUGCUCUACAAUGAUCAACCGCCACCUCUAUCUCCAUGUUCUGCUUCUUCAUCAUUCGGUCACAGUAAAGGGGUUGUGAUGUUGGAUCGCACCUCUGGAUUUUGGCUUUCACACAGUACACCCAAAUUUCCGACAUAUCGUAAAAGAGAGUUCUGGCCAAACAGUGGGAAUGCAAAUGCUCAAAUGUUUCUUUGUGUUAAUUUCCCCUACCAGCAGUUUAAAACAAUAGGUCUGCAGCUAAAGUACAUCCAUGCCAAUUCAUUUGACUAUGACAUCCCAAAAACGUUUCACAAGGAGCUGUAUUGUGUUGCACAGAGAAGCUGCUACCCGAAAAAUGAGCCCUGGUUUAGUGUGAAGAGGCUGAACUCUACAAGAGGGCACAGUUUCACCAGUUUUGCAAAAUACACACGCUUUGGAUAUGACCUUUACUCUGGGCUUAUUGUAGACCAUGUGUCUCAGAAUCUCUAUGUAAAGAGCUGGGGGAAAAUGCGUAAACCUCUAGCCUCCAACUGCUUGCCAGAGCUCGCUCAUCAUGUCUACAAUGUAAAGGAAGUGAAGCUGCAGGGGAGGAAAUCCUUCAAUGACACUGUGGAUCACUCUAAGUGGUGUGUGACUUCAGAUGGUGGCUUGACCUGCAUCGCUGAUAUGAACAGGGAGCUCAGUCAGAUGGGAAGAGGAGGAGGAGCGAUCUGCACUGAAAACACAAAAGUGGGAGAAGCUUUCUUGGCACUGAUCUCAAACUUUGAAAAAUGUAAAGAGUCUCAUUCUAAGGUUCAUGAAAGAGAACUCUAAAGCCAUGGCAAUCACUAAAAUGGACCAAUAUGUUGUUCACAACUAAGCAUUUUCACACCAGGGGAUUUUCUUUUAUCAAAUACUGCAAGUCUGAGAGACUUGCCGGGAAGAAAUUGUUUUGUGCUCCUGCUAAACCUUUGGCAAAGUUUUUAUCAUAAUUAUUAUUACUGAACUUUUAUUUAUACAGGUAGUCCCAUUGAGAUAUGAGUUAAUAUUUACCUGUUAACAAGAGGGACCUGUUAGUUGUCCAGCUUUAUGUGAAUUGUCAAAAUCUGUCAAAUGGAGAAAAAAAAAAAUCACUGUGAUACAUCUAAGUGAAAUAAUUUAGAUUCUAAGUACUGCAAGGAGGGCUUUUAGUUUUUCUGUUUGUGGUAUCAACAUCUGGAAGUAUAUAUGUGGGGGCCUGAAGCAAUGAACCAAGCCUACAGCAGGUCAAAUCAUGGAGCAAAGACAUACAGUAGAUUUAAUUAAAAAUAAGUUGGGGGAUAAUGACAGGGUAAUCAUAUAUGUUCACUAUGAAUUGUGUAUUUAUUGAUAUAUUUAUAUGGAUAAUAGGGGUGUGUUAUCUUUUCCUAGUGGAUAACAAACAAUAAAAUAUUUGUAUAACACA